AUGAACGCACACAUCGUCGCCGCCGCCAUCCCACCCGAUCUCGUCGCCGAUGCCCUUGCCGCCCUUACACCAACCCUCGCCACCACGCCCUACGAGCAGUUGCCGUUCACCAAGCGCGUCCUCGACGUCCUCGACCUUGAUCCCGUCACCUUUGGCGCUAUUCUCGCCGCCCUCCCCCUCGACGGCAUCGCCACCCUCCUCGGCUCUGCCUUUCGCAUCGGCUCCUUCCACGCCCACGCCGCACUCCCUGUCGAUCUUGCCAGCCUCCCGCCCGGGGCUGCUGCAGACUACGCCGACUAUGCCGUCCACAUUGACUAUCCGUUUUGGCUUGACGAUGUAGCCGACGCCGUCGACGAUGACAACAACAACAACAACAUCGCCGCCGAGCCGCGCGCCACCAUCCACCCUUCGGCCGCGCUCACCGUCCAGAUGCUUGUCAUGCUCACCGAGUUCAAGCCCUCGACCGGAGCCACAAGGCUUGUUCCUGGCUCGUCUGACCUGCGGCGGGCUCCAAGGCGGGCACCCAGCGGGGCGCUCCACGACAACGACGCCGCCUUCUUUGCCUCCGGCGCCGAGGACAUGGUCGGCUCGCCCGGCGACGUCCUCGUCUACUCUGGCCAGGACUGGCAUGCUACCGGCAUCAAUACCUCGUCUGCUCCGCGCUGGGCCCUCCUCGUCCAGCUCGUCCCCUACUACUACGCGCCCAUGGAGCCGCUCGCCAGAACGCUCUCGGCCUCGCCGCCGCCCUCCUCGGCCUUCCGCCACAUGCGCCCUGCUUUCACUUUCCGCGACGUAUUGCCCCGCGGCCGCUCGCCGUAUCCGCUGCAACCGUCUGGUCGUGGGCAUCGAUCCGCAUCACCGCCAUAG